AUGGCCUCCUCCUAUGAUCGAGCGUUGUCUGUCUUCAGUCCCGACGGUCACGUCUUCCAAGUCGAAUAUGCCGGAGAAGCAGUAAAGAGAGGAACCUGCGCCGUCGGUGUCAAAGGUGCCGACGUGGUAGUCCUCGGCUGCGAAAAGCGUUCCGCCAUGAAGCUCCAAGACACCCGCAUCACGCCCUCCAAGAUCGGCCUCAUCGACACCCACGUCUGUCUCGCUUUCGCCGGUCUCAACGCCGACGCCAGAAUUCUCCUCGACAAGGCGCGACUCGAGGCGCAGUCUCAUAGGCUUACGGUGGAGGACCCCGUCACGAUUGAAUACAUCACCAAGUACAUCGCCUCCGUACAGCAGAGGUAUACUCAGAGUGGUGGUGUGCGGCCGUUCGGUAUUAGCAAUCUGGUGGUGGGUUUUGAUAAGGAGAGCAAAGUACCUAGGCUAUACAUGACGGAGCCUUCCGGUAUCUACUCGGCGUGGAAAGCGAAUGCCAUCGGCCGAUCGAGCAAGACUGUACGAGAAUUCCUCGAGCGGAACUACAAGGAGGACAUGGACCGCGAGCAGACCGUCCGACUAGCCAUCAAGUCCCUCCUCGAGGUCGUCCAGACGGGCGCCAAGAACAUCGAGAUUGUCCUCAUGGCGCCCGGAAAGCCCGUUGAGAUGCUCUCGGUUGAGGAGAUUGAAGGUUUCGUCAAGAAUAUUGAGCAGGAGAAGCAAGAGGAAGCGGCGAAGAAGAAGACGGGCAGGACCCCAGGAACCGGAAGCGCCACAAUUCUCACGAGGGGACAGGAGGAGUCUUGA